AUGGAUGAAGAAGGGGGAGAGUCAGUGGAUUUUGACGCAGCAGCCUUAUCCAAUAUUUCUCCGUACUGCGUGGAUAAUUCAGGAAAUUGUUACAAGUUUGGCCAGGAGAAUCAACCCCAGGAGGGAGUAGCAGCCAAUGGCGGUAACGUAGUUGACGAGGAGGAGGAUGAACUAGCAGCCAAUGACGUCGGUAACGCAGUUCGCAAGGAGGAGAAUCAACGUCCGAGAGCAGAAGCCAAGGAAGGCAUACAAAGCGAGGGGGGGGAGAGCUUGCGGACAUCUCGCAAGUUGAUUGUGGUGCGGCAUAAUGACGAACUAGUUAUUAGAGCAAACAAGUCUGUGAAUGUGGGAUUUAUAAAGCGGCAUAUUGAAUUUUCGCUACUAAUAAGUGAAAGGAAGCAAGCCCUAUUCUCCAACGGCGAAUAUCUUAAUGAUAAUUUGCGUACACUCGAGAGCAUUGAAGGGAUUGAAUCCAACCCACGCAUCCAGCUGUUAGAGUUAGAAGUACCAUUGAAGGCGGCCACCGCCACAGCUUCGGCUUCGCCAGCACAGCCAGCACCUGCAGCCAUCCUCAAAAAGGCGGGAACGACUCUUGAGAGAAUUGAAGGGAUUGAAUCCGACCCACGCAUCCAGCUGUUAGAGUUAGAAGUACCAUUGAAGGCGGCCACCGCCACAGCUUCGGCUUCUGCAGCACAGCCAACACCUGCAGCCAUCCUCAAAAAGGCGAGAACGAAAGCUAGUAGGAGGAAGCCCCCGAUCAAUGAAAUCAAAGAUGCACCACCUCUGCCGCCAUCCACGUCAGCCCUCCCACGGACAUCUGCGGCGACGGUGGCAGGGUGGGGAAGUACAAGCCCCUUUUCCGUGAUGAGACGUAGUGCCGUUUCUAAGAGGGCUGCACCAGCUACACCACCAACAUCAGCUUCUGAUGAAGAAACUAAAGAUGAUCCUGACUAUGUAGCGUCCGACUCCUCACCAUCUAUUCAAGGCUCAUCACAUCCAACGGAUUACAAGGGACGGCUACGGCCGCGGCCUCAGCGCUGA